UUAAACUAUUAUGUUUCGAAGAUUAUCAUUGUUGUUAGCGUUUUUGGUAGUGGCAUUAACAAGUGCUGUUAAAUAUCGGGCAACAUGGGAGAGCAUAGAUUCGCGCCCAUUACCAAAGUGGUACGAUGAAGCUAAAUUUGGCAUUUUCAUACACUGGGGUGUAUAUUCCGUCCCUUCCUUUGGCACGGAAUGGUUUUGGUCAAACCUUAACUCUGGUGCUUCCCAGUAUGUACAAUUUAUGAAAAAUAACUACCCUCCAGGUCAUACGUACCAAGAGUUUGCGCACGAUUUCAAAACGGAGUUUUUUCAACCCAAAGAAUGGGCUAAGCUGUUCCAAAAAUCAGGAGCGAGAUAUGUUGUUCUCACAAGCAAACAUCACGAAGGGUACACCAUGUGGCCUUCCACCUAUUCGUUUAGUUGGAACUCCAAAGAUGUAGGACCCCACCGCGAUCUUGUAGGCGAACUUGCCAACGCUAUAAGAAAUACCACAGAUUUAAGAUUUGGACUGUACCAUUCGCUUUACGAAUGGUUUAAUCCGAUGUUUCUAAGCGAUAAAGCUAGCAACUUCGAGUCUGAUGAAUUUGUGCAGAAAAAAGUGCUGCCAGAGCUGCACGAAAUUGUCAACAAGUAUCGUCCGGAGAUAGUUUGGUCUGAUGGCGAAUGGGAAGCAAAUGACACCUACUGGAAAUCCAAAGAAUUUUUGGCAUGGUUGUACAAUGAAAGUCCAGUUAAGGACACGGUCGUGACGAAUGAUCGGUGGGGCAGUGGGCCGGUUAUUUGUCAGCAUGGGGGUUUUUACACUUGUGCUGACCGCUACAAUCCUGGAGUUUUACAAGCACAUAAAUGGGAGAAUGCCAUGACCAUCGAUGCCCACUCGUGGGGUUAUCGACGAAAUGCAAACAUAGGCGAUUAUCUCACUACACACCAGCUUAUUGCUACGUUGACAAAGACGGUCAGUUGCGGAGGCAAUUUACUCAUGAAUGUUGGGCCAACCAGUGAAGGUACGAUAUCACCAAUUUUCCAAGAAAGACUUUUAGAUAUGGGUAAAUGGUUAAACAUUAACGGCGAAGCUAUCUACAAUACCCAACCGUGGAUACACCAAAAUGAGACCUUAACAAAUGUAUGGUACACGUCAAACACAAAUAGCGUAUACGCAAUUGUACUCAACUGGCCCAAAGAUAAUUUGCUACGUUUGGAAAAAAUUACCAAAUUGUUCGAAAAUGAACAUGUAUCAGCUUAUAUUUUAGGACAAAACGAAAACGUGGAGAUGAAUCUUUUAAAUAACGCGCUGCAAGUAACAUUCCCGGAUAAAUCAACAGUCCAGAGCGAAUGGGCGUGGGUUAUUAAAUUUAAAACCUCAUCAAGCGCAAAUAAUCUGUUGUAAGUUAAGUAUCUACUCAUUUUAUAUUG